AUGACAGCCGAAGACUCUCUCCAGCUCUGUCAACCCCCCAAUUUCGACCUAUCCUGCCCCGCACACGAACCUCCCGUCGGCCAACUCGCCUUGGAUUUGAAUGCAUUCACACUUUUACCCACCACUAUCGCCAUCUCCGUCAUGUGCAGCAUCCUUAUCCUGGCCGCCGUGUCGAUUCGCAUCUACUCUCGUUGCCAUCUGAUGCAUCAGUUCGCCCUUGAAGAUUAUCUCAUGAUCCUAGCCACUGUCGGCUUCUUCGGCUUUCUGGGCUGCAUGUUCGCAACUGCACCCUUCGGCCUUGGGAAGCACAUGUGGGACUUCACUCUUGGCCAGGUCCUUGCCCUACUCCACCCCGUCUAUGUUGGUCAGAUCAUAAACUGCAUCCACAUUGCCUCGGUGAAGCUCGCCAUAGUCCUACAGAUCAAGCAGAUAUUUACGGCCAACUCCGUCUUGAGAGGGUUCAUGUACUGGGCUGCUUGGUCUACCAUUGUCUUGCUCUCAGGCUCAUACAUGGCCGUUCUUUUUCUCUGCGUCUUCUCCUGUUUUCCUGUCCGACGUGCGUGGGAGCCGACGGUCGAGGGCUGGUGCAUGGAAAAAUCUGUGCCUGGAAUCUCGGGCGCAACCGUCAAUCUAGUAACCGAUCUGGUCAUGCUGUCGUUGCCCAUUAUCGGCGUUGCCGGACUACAGAUGCCGCCCAGCCAAAAAAUUGCGGUGGCGGCCGUUUUUGCGACAGGUGCCUUUGCCUGUGCACUUUCCGCCCUACGCCUCUACUACACCCUCAACAAAAACCUCCAGAACGACUACACAUACUGGAUCGUUGUGCAAGCCACAUGCGCAACGGCUGAAUCCACUGCUGUAAUGCUAUGCUGCUGCUUUCCCGUGUUCCCACGUUUCUGGAAGUACGCAAGGCAGGUCUUCCGUUCGAGGCGGGGGCCUGCGGCUACAGGAAGAAUAAGUACUACCCAGGAUAUGGGCGGUAGCUACUGUAUGAGGAGUGGGCAAGCCGAUGGGCAGCGCAGAUUGGAUUGUUGUCAUAGUAGUACGCAGUGGAGUGAUAGUAGCAGAGGUGAGGAUCUGCGAGUUGGGAGUAAGGAGAGAAUUAUUGGUAUUGCGUAG